AUGUUUAGCACCGCCCCUCAACCUGCUGACAGGGUGCAGCACCCAGAGCAGCAGCACCCAGAGCCACAGAACCCGGAGCAGCAGUACCCGCAGAAGCAACACCCAGAGCAGCAGUACCCGCAGAAGCAGCACCCAGAGCAACAGUACCCGCAGAAGCAGCACCCAGAGCAGCAGUACCCGGAGCCACAGCAUCCAGAGCAGCAGUACCCACAGAAGCAGCACCCAGAGCAACAGUACCCAGAGCAGCAGUACCCGCAGAAGCAGCACCCAGAGCAACAGUACCCGCAGAAGCAGCACCCAGAGCAGCAGUACCCGCAGAAGCAACACCCAGAGCAGCAGUACCCGCAGAAGCAGCACCCAGAGCAACAGUACCCGCAGAAGCAGCACCCAGAGCAGCAGUACCCGGAGCCACAGCAUCCAGAGCAGCAGUACCCACAGAAGCAGCACCCAGAGCAACAGUACCCAGAGCAGCAGUACCCGCAGAAGCAGCACCCAGAGCAACAGUACCCGCAGAAGCAGCACCCAGAGCAGCAGUACCCGCAGAAGCAACACCCAGAGCAGCAGUACCCGGAGCCACAGCACCCAGAGCAGCAGUACCCACAGAAGCAGCACCCAGAGCAACAGUACCCAGAGCAGCAGUACCCGCAGAAGCAGCACCCAGAGCAGCAGUACCCGCAGAAGCAGCACCCAGAGCAGCAGUACCCAGAGCAGCAGUACCCGCAGAAGCAGCACCCAGAGCAGCAGUACCCGCAGAAGCAGCACCCAGAGCAGCAGUACCCGCAGAAGCAGCACCCAGAGCAGCAGUACCCAGAGCAGCAGUACCCGCAGAAGCAGCACCCAGAGCAGCAGUACCCGCAGAAGCAGCACCCAGAGCAGCAGUACCCGGAGCAGCAGCACCCGGAGCAGCAGCAGCAGCACCCAGAGCAGCAGCAGCAGCAGUAG